AUGAGCGCUGUGGGGUUGUCAGACGCAGGUACGCCUGUCGAUGCAACAACAAGCUCAUCGAAAGAUACUGCCGACAUAGAGCGCGACACAUGGCGAAAAAACUUACGGCACCAAAACCUUUCUGUGUGGGAGCAUGGUCCCAUGCAACCCCCUGACAACUUGGACUCGACGCUGAAACGUAAUUCAGCGUUCAUCAAAAGGAUCAAGCAGGGGAAUGUAGGAGACGCGCGUGAGUCACUUCUACGAGAGGUCGAGAUGCUCAACUUGGAGAAAUAUCUAGAUGAGUUGAUUCCAAGUGUGCCUGAAAUGCUGUGGAAGUGCACACAAUUUAAGGAUCGAUGUGCCGCUAUUGACAUACUCUCGGCCUUGCACAUGCGUUUUGGCGGUACAGACUUUACGAUACGAAUCAAGGAUGCUGUGGCCCAAGAGCUACAGCCACCUACGGCCCGGGCCAAUAUUGAUACCUCCAAUGAGCAAGCUCAGAAAGAAGAAACCGCGCGCGUGACGCGCCAGCGCAAUCUCAUGCGUGGCGCUACGGAGCUAGUGUUAGUAGGCCUGAUUGGGCCGCCUUCUAGUGGCAAUGCUCUUUUCUCUGUGAGCUGGGAGUGGCUAUUUCAACUACUACGUGGCUUGCUCUCACAAGAUCGAGACCAUAUAUAUACUUCUCUUGUGAAUGGUCUUCUUAAAUCGUAUGGACCGUUGAUCAUUCCAAGUAUGGAAGAGCAUAAAGCAGGCGCUCCGGUGCAGCUUCCCAUGCUAGGUGACAUUCCUGCGACGAGUUCGACAGGGUUUUGUCAGAACUUUCGGCGGCUCUUUGAGGCGUACUAUGUCACACUCUCUAAGCGUGUUGUGCGCGAGCACUCCCUAAUUCAAGAGCAAGAGAAGAAAAACCGUGAUGCGUACAUCAAGUUUGGUGAAAUCUUUGAUGAUCGUCAGUCCGCGUUUGACAAGCGUACGAAAGAGCAUAAAGCGUUGGUGGACACGCUCCAAACGAUGGCCUCGCUACUUAAUGUUACUAUGCCUGACCUGCCUGAGGCAUCUCAGCCGCAGGCGCAACGUUCUGCCGUCAAUUUGGAGGCCAAGUCUACGCUCGCAGAGAUGACAGCACGAUUAGAGGAAGAGUUUACGUCCGGCAAAAGUCCAUGGGCCGAUGAGGAAACGCGCAAUUUCUACACGGAUCUUUGUGAUCUGCGGUCUUGGGUGCCAGCGACGAGGUUAGGACUGUCCAAAGAUGGCGAAGCUGAGACCAAUGCUACGCCUGAAACAAGCCGGGACGAGGCGGGGCAAGGGCUGCGUACGCUGAUCGAUCAAAUGCCAUCACUGGCCAAUGCUUCUAUGGUGGACAAGCUUGCUGUGGAUAUCGCCUUCCAAAAUCGGGCUGGCAUCCGCAAAACGCUAGCGCCGGCCUUCCUCCAAAUUCCGAAGCAGCGAUGGGACCUGGUGCCUUUCUAUGUACGUUUGCUGGCGACCUUGCACCCUUAUAUGCCCGGACUCACAGAUAUGGUGGUGGAAGACAUUGACAAGUCGUUCCGACGAGCGCAAGCUGUGCGGCAAUUCGAUCGCUUGCAACGGGGUCUACUCGUCGUGUACAUGGGCGAACUGACUAAGUUUGGGCUGGUACCGGAGCACAUUAUCUUCCAUGCUAUCAAGUUGUUGGUGGACAACUUUAGUACGACAGCGAUUGAAAUGCUGGCUCAGCUGAUCGAGACAUGUGGCCGCUAUUUGUACCGCUCGACGCCAACGCAUGCUCGUAUGCAAGCGGCUCUGGAUCAAGUGCGUCGGAAACGAAUGGCCCACAACUUGGAUGAGCAUCUACGUAUGCUCUUAGACAAUGCGUAUUACCAGUGUGUACCGCCUGAACGGCCGGUUGUCGUGCAGCAAGAGCGAAGUGUGAUGGAUCAGUUCUUGGAGCACGUUAUGGAAAAGCAGCUCUCUGUUAAGAUGUACGACCGUGUACUGCAUGUGCUGCGCUCGAUGGACUGGAACGACAGCGGGGUAAAAACGCUCCUGUUUUCGCGAUUCACGUCGCCCUGGCUUUUGCCGGCUGAGCGCCUGACCUUGCUAGCACGCCUGCUGUGUGACUUGCAAGCGUAUCACCCGGCGUUUGUGGUGCAGGUGCAAGAUUCGUUAUGUGAGGCCAUUGAAUGGGAUUUACACUGCCCUACCUACCAUGGUGCGCAGCGUCGUGUGGCGCGUAUUCAGUACCUCGGUGAGAUGUUCAAUGUGCGUCUUGUGAACAGUGAUGUGAUCUUGGACCAACUGUGGCGCCUGUGUAUCCGCCGUCCCCAACGUCCUGAUCCGUACGAUAACUUUACGCGUGUGCGCCUGGUAUGCACGUUGCUGCAGGUGUGUGGUACGAGCUUUUCGAGCGGCAUGCUUCGGAAGCGGAUGGACGAUUUCUUGGUCGCAUUCCAGUACUAUAUCCUCACGAAGCCAGAGCCGCCCGUCGAUGUGCGUUUCAUGCUUACGGCAGCAAUUCGGCCUAUGCGUCCCAAGCUCAACUGGCAUCUGAGCCGCGAGACAUUAACAGCCAAGCUCGAUAAGAUUCUGCCGUUCUUCUAUCGCCGGGAUAUGGCAAGUUUGAUGGCCGGCCGCGCGCAGAACGAUGAAAGUGAGGAUGAUGGCGACGAGGAUGAGGACGGUGACGAGGAUGGCGACAAUGACGACAACGAAACAAGUGAUGUAUCUGACGCCGAGAAAGACACAGAGCUAGCGUUGCUGGACGAAGAGAAAGCGCAGAGACGUCAAGAAGCGCUCGAUGCCGAAGCGGAGGCUGAGUUGGAGCGUGAAUUGGCGAUGCUCAUGACGGAGACCAACAUGGCCGACCGUGGAUCGAACGCCACGGUGGAACGUACACGAACGUUGCUCGCGAAGGCCCCUGUGCCGCCUGGCCCCACGACGACGCCCAACACGGACGAUGCCUCGUUCAUGACCUUCUCCCUCCUCUCGCGCAAACAGACCAAGUCGCUGCAUCGGAGGCGGAGCGGCAACAAUUAA